AUGUCCAACGAAGCCCCCUACGACCCCUAUAUCCCCGCCAACCAGACCGGAGCUACCGCCGGUGGCGCCUCCCAGCAGAAUGGCAACCAGCGCACUGCUCAGCUACAAGCACAAAUCGAUGAUACCGUUGGUGUGAUGCGCGAAAACAUCAACAAGGUUUCUCAACGUGGUGAGCGCCUGGAUUCUUUGCAGGAUAAGACCGACAACCUGGCUGUAUCAGCUCAGGGAUUCCGCCGGGGCGCCAAUCGCGUGCGCAAGCAGAUGUGGUGGAAGGAUAUGAAGAUGCGUGUAUGUCUGGUCAUCUGUGUGAUCAUCCUGCUGGUGGUCAUCAUUGUGCCCUCCGUUUUAGCAACAAAACAUUAA